UCACCAAUGGUGACUUUUUCCUCCAGUAGAAAGCCCUGUAGAAGUGAGAAUAAGAAAUAGAUUACCUAUAUGCACAAAACAUAGUUAUACUGUAUAUGGUCCCCAAAUUACUUUUCACAGCAGGGGCUGGUGGCUUAGUGGUCUAUCAGGUGCUCUUUUGUAGCACCUGAUAGACCACUGUGUUUGACCUUGAAUUUGCUGCUAGUUGACGAGAGGCUGGAAAUCCUCAUGACUGAAAGCAGUUGGCCAGCAUUGUUGGGGUGUUGGAAGGCUUUGUCAGCUGGGAUUUCAUGGUGAUCUGGCAAUAUUGGGCACUGGCAGAAAUGCCACAGGAGGUCAUCAGUUGAUUGAGUGUCUGCAUGACUUCAUGUUGUGUUGCUUAGGAGGAAGGCUUGCAGUAUACUUCAAUUCUCUCAAAUACUUUGAGAGCUAUUAAAAAUGAAACUUUGAAAUUUGAAUGAAACUAAAAAUUGGAAAAUGGUGAACUUGUGGAAGGGUGAAAAAGGAGAAGGAAUAGUUAGUAAGCAACGAAACAUUGUUUGGCUACCUUUUUUAUAGCUCAACGCUUCAGAUGAGCAAACAUCUAAGAAAGAAUAUCACCAUCUGGUGGACACUUGGGCUGCAACGAUCUAAAAGUAAUGUUCAAUAAAACCUGUUAUUCUCUCCACAGAAUGCGAAUGAAGAGGACAAAUGAUUCAGCAUGAAGAUCAAAACUGUGAAAAAGCAACAAAACAAAAUCAACCCAACUAAACUCCAACAGGAGCACAUAUUUACAGAAUGUAAAACACAAUCAGAUAAUGUUGAAUGCAGUAGAGAAAAACCAGACAUUUGCCAAACCCCUGACUUUACUCAACAGGGUUCUAUCAGCUCCAUCCAAAUCAAAGUGGAACCAAAAGACUUUGAGAAGGGAACGGGUGAGGAACAUAACUGUUCUCAUCCUUCAUUCCAGAAGAAGCAGAUCAAACCCCCAAAUCCAUCCAACUCUAUGGCCCAGUGUAACACACCAAAGAGUGCUGUGGUGAUGCUAACACGGUUGUCUAAUGUGGUGGUUAAGACUCUUCUUAGAGAAACUAAAGUGUGCUUGGUAAAGGAGGAAAAUCCAGAUGAUAUAGAUGGAGGUUCUUCCCCUCAGUUCUUCCCUUGUCCACACUGCACCAUCUCCUUCACUGACUGUUACUUCCUGGAGACACACAUCAAGGCCAAACACCAGAAGCAGUACCUGGCCAUGCUGAAAAGCCACGUCUCAAAAAGUCAAACAGUGUACGGGCCCACACACAGCUGUUCCCACUGUAGCUGCAUGUUCCACACCCCCCGACAGCUACACGUCCACACCCGCCAGGCCCACCCAUCAGCCCCUCUACGGAAACUACACCCCUGCCCAUAUUGUGCCCGCAGCUUCCAGUAUAUAGCCAGACUGCAUACACACUGCAAGGUUUGGCACAAAAUGGCUGUUGCUUUUACUGAUGGAUACCUCAGUUGUGCUGACUGUGGAAAGAGCUUCAAGGAUUCCUGGGGACUAGGGCCUCACCGAUGUCACAUUCCUGAAGACACUAAGCCUGAGGAGGGCCCUGUGUGUCUGAACAUCGGCAUGCCAUGUUCAGAGUGUGGCAAGAGCUGCUCUAGUCCUCGUAAUCUGCGCAUUCACAUGCGCACACACACUGGCGAGAAACCUUAUGUCUGCAAGGAGUGUGGCAAGAGCUUCUCAGAACCUAGCAGUUACCGCAAACACAUGAUGAUACACUCUGGGGUCAAGCCAUUCAAAUGCCAAGACUGCGGAAAGGAUUUUGCCCGAAUGGGGCACCUUAGAGUUCACAUGAUCAUUCACUCUGGUGAGAAACAGUUCUCCUGCUCCAAAUGUGACAAGAGGUUUGCAUACAAGGAUUGUCUGAAGCUUCACCUGAGCACACACUCAGGGUUGAGACCUUUCCACUGCACUGUGUGUGGUAAAAACUUUGCUUACAGGAAUUAUCUGAAGUUGCAUCUGAAGAUACACAACAAUGAAAGGAACUACCACUGUGGGGUUUGUGGGCAGAAGUUCAUAAACAGUGUAGCACUGAAAACCCAUCAGCGCACUCACACCGGUGAGAGGCCUUUCCACUGCACGGUGUGUGACAAGACAUUUUUCAGACACGAACACCUGAAGAACCACCAGCGCACUCAUACAGGUGAGAAACCGUACAUCUGUGCUGAGUGUGGUAAGAGCUUCACUCAGUCAGGAGAUCUCACAAAACACACACGCACCCACACUGGGGAGAAGCCAUAUGAAUGUUCUGUCUGCCACGGCUGCUACACCUCUUCAGGGGAUCUAGGCAAACACAUGAGAAUCCACAAUGACUCACGCCCAUAUGCCUGCCAGGAGUGUGAUAAGACCUUCCGCUUGGCCGGCCACCUUAAAAGUCACAUGAGGACCCACACGGGGGAGAGACCAUACUCUUGCCCCCGCUGCCUACGCACCUUUGCUCGCCACCACCACCUCUCCGGUCACCUAGCUAGAUGUCACUGAAUGAUGAUAAUGAUUUACAGUAUCUCACAAAAGUGAGUACACCCCUCACAUUUGUGCAAAUAUUUGAUUAUAUGUUUUCAU